AGGCGCCGUUCAAAUGCAGCUUCGCCGCCCAUGCGCCUGACGUCAGGCGUGACGCCAUCGGCAGUGGGCGGCGGUUUGGAGCCAAGCGCUGGGCCGCGAUAUCGAGGAGCGGUUCCCGGCCCCGACCGGGGCGAGACGGACAUCAAAGGUGGAGGAAUUGCGACUGGGUAUCUCAGAGGGAAUAUCACAUCCGAUCUACACCCCACUCAGCUCCCCAGCACCUGAAUAUCAUCGGCCUGUGAGCGUGGAGGGAGAGACGCUGGUUUGUUUCACUUCAGACCCCAGGCAGUGAGGGCUGUUACAGGGCACCGACCGUGACACAGCUGGGGAAAGACACACUGUCUACAGUGGAGAGGGGAGAAACCACUGAUGUGAGGACAGGAGCCAAUCUGCAGAGAAGCCGAGUAACCUCUUCCAGCCUGUGAAGGAGCGGGCAGUGAUCACUCCAGUGCGGAUUGGGAAAGGAACAGCCACUGCAACGAGAGACCGUGUGUGACACGCUGGGGGAGGUGAGCUCACCUGAUCUGUGACUGGGAACAUGUUCACCACAUCCUUGUUUUUGCACCAGUGAAACAUUCAUUCUUUUGACUGAGAAUAUUCAAAUCCUGUUUCCAUUUGAGGACAGUAAUUAACUCGUCGCACCUGGUGACACGCCAGUGAGUUCUGAUCAGGGAGAGACCAAUCUCCUGACGCAACUGACUGGACACAAGUGACCCGCUGUCCUGAUGAAUGACCAGCAAAUGCCCACCGGGGAGAGGCAGUUCUCCUGCUCUCAGUGCGGGAAAGCGCUCAAGAAUUCCUUCAACUUGCAGAAGCACCAACGAGUCCACACCAGGGAGAGGACGUUCACCUGCUCCGAUUGCGGUAAGGGGUUCCCUUGGCUGUCCGGGCUUCUGUUGCACCAACGGAUUCACACCGGGGAGAGGCCGUUCACCUGCACCAAGUGCGGGAAGGGGUUCACCGAGUCCCACGCGCUUCUGAGGCACCAACAAAUUCACACCGGGGAGCGGCCGUUCGUCUGCUCCGAGUGUCGGAAAGGGUUCACUAGGCCAUCUGACCUGCUGGUGCACCAGCGAGUUCACACCGGGGAGAGGCCGUUCAUCUGCUCCGAAUGCGGGAAGAGAUUCACUCAGGCAUCUCUCCUGCUGGUGCACCAACGGAUUCACACCGGGGAGAGGCCGUUCAUAUGCAGUCAGUGUGGGAAGAGCUUCACGCGGUCAUGUCACCUUCUGAGGCACCAACGAAUUCACACCGGGGAGAGACCGUUCUCCUGCCCAGAAUGUGGGAAGAAAUUUGCUUCUUCAUCUUAUCUCUGCAGACAUCGAAAAACGCACACCAAAGGGAAAGUCUAAAUGUACAGUAUAUGGGUGGGGUCUUAAACACGGCAGGCGCUGACACAGCGGUGAGUUCACAAGUGACUGAUUCUGCAGUUAUUGCUGCUGUUGAUCACAUCCGGGUUUGGACCCUGGUCACUGGACACAUUUGGGUUGUUUCCCCCUGGAACUGCAGGUACAUUUGUAUUCUGCAUCGAUUAUGAAUAAAUCUGUUCUGUGUGAAUGAACUGGGCUUGAGGAUGUGAGAGACUUGGAGCCGACGUGGACAAGCUGAAGGGACGGCCAGGAACACAGCAGAUGGAGUCAAGUGUGGGAAAAUGGGAGGUCAUGAACUUCAUUGAGGGAAUUCCCGAUGUUAAAUGGAUUAUGGGAUGUCGGACAGCGGGAAAAUGGUGUUUGGUCACCAUCAGCCAUGACCUUGGUGACCAGUGGGGCCAAAUGACCUUUACCUGUGGUAAGAUGGUCCCACAGAACGGGGAGCACAACCCACUGACUGUCCAGCAGCAUCCGGAGAGGCAGUUGGUCUGGUUUCGUGACGCGGGGUCCGGACCCGAACCUUCAAUUUGUCCCUGUUGGAGUGGUUUCUGAGUUUAGCAAAUGACUUUGACCACCAAACUUCGGUCUGAGUGUAAAUUGUGGAUUUAAUUUUGGAGUGCAGCUCUAAACAUUGAGUUCCCAAAAGCCACGAAUCCCAAACCAGAAAAUGCUGAUUGAAAUUAAUGUGGAGUCUGCGUGUAGCUUCAAAGAAAGCAUUGUCUGUACGUUGUAAAUCUGGAAUUGUCCUUGGACGUUUUGCACAUAAAUUAUCAAGCCCCACGUUGGGCCAAUCAGACCUUUUGUCCGAAAGCGUCUGCAGAUGGUGCCUGCAGUACCUUGUUUUGUCAAAUAUAGAAUCUCCUUCGCCUCUGCCAGUACUUUCCUCCAGUGAGUUCAUUUGCACAACAUUGGAUGUCAGAAGUGGUGCAACCCAUUGUGUGGCCAAGUGAUUUUAGUAGUCUUAGGUGGGUGGAAAUCUUUAAAAAUUAGCACUCGGACUUGGAUCUGCUUGGGUCGGUGCUACAUGGGAGCACGAGAUCUUGAACAUGGAGAGCUGAACUGGUAUAGGUAUAAAAACAGUGUGUGCGAGGGUGUGUGUUUCUGUAAGGGAUAAAACCCUGGGUGUUAAUUUGGUGAGAUGGAGCCACCAGUUGCGAAGGGUUGGGUUCGGGCCGCCAGUGUGUACUCGAUCUGCGUGGCAUUUUAGCGUAGCCGUUUUGCCAGUGUAAUGCAAAGAAUACAGGAGGCAUCGUGAGCUCAUUUGCUCAAAAGUGGUAGAUUGCGGAGUAUGCACCCUGCGGAUUUAGGUGAGUACUGUUUAACUGGUACUUGUCAUUUAUAUUUUGCGUAGUGUGGGAAUUAGUGUGGAAUUAUGCCAGGGAGAGGAUUUACCCAGAUUUGUCUGUCAGGAUAUUGAGGUGAGGCAGUGCCAGGCCAAGAAAUCUGAUGAUCCACACCAGCCCUUGACUCUGAUUUAGGCCAUUCAUGAGCCUUCUCUCUCCCACCCCCGGGAGAAACCGAGCACGGUGUCAGAGUUGUCCUCACUUAAAGUUGCAUGUUGGAAUAUGGAAUUCUGGCACAAGCUCAAGGAAAUGGUUAAAAUUCACCAGAUGCACCCCAAAGAUGUGCGUGUGUUUGGUAAAAGCGAAGUGCCCGAGGCACAUGUGGGACAGUGGCCCGGGGGUGCGAGAUGGUACAUGGUUGACGCAGUGCGCAGGUAAAAUAAAAGGGAUGUUUGAGUCAUAAGAGUCGGUACAUUCUGGGCCCAGUUAUUUAGAUUAUUUUAUUGCAAGAGAAAAUUUGCAGAUGCUUGAAGUUCAAGUAAUACACACAAAAUGCUGGAGGAACUCAGCAGGUCAGGCAAUAUCUGUGGAAGUGCACAGUUGAGGUUAAUUUUUCCCAUUGUAAAAUGCCGCCUGAUGUAAGCCACCAUUUAAUUUUUCUUUGACGAUUUUUCUUCCCGUUUUGAUAUUGAGAAUAUUUUGUGGAAAAUCCUGGAAGUGCGCCUUGUGCUCCUCAUAUAGCGGCUGAGGUGUUACAGCUCCCUUCGCUCCUGUUCUGCUGGAGCAGCUGAACCCUUCUACCUGAACAAAAGCCUGCAUCCUUGCGGGACAAUUAAAGGAAAAUAUGCAGCUUUCUCACCUCUGCCGAUAACGUAUGGUCGAUAAGCACAACGUUAGGAGGUAGGUGGCUACAAUAGUUCACAGGGGUGGUCAGAAAGGCACUUUGAUUUUAUGCUUAGUAGUUUUGCGAUUUGCUCAUCAUUUGGUGGGGCAUCUGUAGGAAUUGUAUUAAAUCCUGUGAUGGGGUUGCCACAUUGGAGCUGAAUGUACUGUAAAGAGUUAAACUAUAUGUGCAAAUAUCUUUCCGGUGGCCUUGGGUGUAUAUCACUAUCUGCAAAAGCUUGGAUCAUGGCUGUGAGAACAUAAAAUUCUCAUGAACACAGA